AAACAUAUAUACCUUAGAAAGUGAAGUCGCAAAGAAGAAGGAAGCAUUACAAAAUUUGCAAAAUCGUCUAGAGCAAGAAAUGUUCACAAUCGGUGAAAGAGAUCGCAUGAUACACCAACUGAAACAAGACUAUCAGAUACAGAAAACCUGUUACGAAGAAGACAUCCGGAAACUUAAAGAGGCGAAAGAGACACUAGCCAAUACAAACCGUGAUUUAGAUCGAGCCCUUCGUAUUACAAAGGAGCAGAUGGAACGCAUGUCCUUUGUAAAAACGGGUCAGACAACAGAGCAAUUGGAUUCAAUCCAGAAGGGGGAAAGUUGCCUGCAGCUAGACCUUAAUGGACAAAAAGAAACUAAAGACGAGAACAACAAACGAUCGGACAGAAAUAGAUCACAGGACACUGAUGACGAUCAACUAAGCCUACUGAAGAUCGAAAAGGAAAAUAUAACGAGAGAAACCAAACUACUUCAAGAGAAGAAUGAACAGCUCCAAAAAAGUUUACAAAACCUUGAACAAGAGAGCGAAAGAAAACAAAAGGACCAUGAACAGCAAAUAACAGAUUUGCGAAGUCAUAUCACCACGUUAACAUCGACAAUUUCAGUUUUACAGGGCGAAGUAGUUUUGAAAAAUGAGGAGGUACGUUCGUUGAAAGAUGAUUGUGAAGGGCUCAAACAAAAGAUCGGUACAUUAAAAGAAGAAAAGAAAACAUCAAAACAGGAUAUGAAGGUUCUCGAAAGUCGGGGAAAGGAGCUGGAGUCAAAGAACAGGGAUUUGCGUGAUGCCCUUGAUAAAAAAGAUAGACAAAUAAAAACCCUGGAGAAGGACACAAAGAGUCUGAAAGACAAAAAUAUGAACCUGAGAUCAGACCUGGACAAAUACGAUGAAGAAAAAAAAGGUUUAUCAAAAACUGUUCAGUCACUAGAAAAAAACAAAACAAAACUGGAGUCAGAUCGGGAGAAAAACAAGGAAGAAAUGGAAAGUUUGAAAAGAAACGUUGAGACACUUGAAAAAGAACAUACAAAACUGGUUUCAGACCUGGAAAAAAACGAGGAAGAAAAGGAACAUUUGACAAAAAACGGUGAGACACUUCAAAGAGAAAAAACAAAACUGGCGUCAGAGCUGGGGAAAUACAGUGAGGAAAAUGAAGCUUUGACAAAAACUGUUGAGUCACUAGAAAAAAAGAAAAGAAAACUGGAGUCAAAUCUGGAGAAAUACAGUGAAGAAAAUGAAGAUUUAACCAAAUCUAUUGAGUCACUUGAAAAAGAAAAAACACAACUGGUUUCAGACCUGGAAAAAAACGAGGAAGAAAAUGAGAGUUUGACAGGAACCGUUAAGAGACUAGAAGAAGAAAAAACAAAACUGGCUUCAGAUUUGGAAAAAAACGAGGAAGAAAAGGAACAUUUGACAAGAAACGGUGAGACACUUCAAAGAGAAAAAACAAAACUGAUGUCAGAUCUGGAGAAAUACAGUGAGGAAAAUGAAGGUUUGACAAAAACUGUUGAGUCACUAGAAAAAGAAAAAUCAAAACUGGAGUCAAAUCUGGAGAAAUACAGUGAAGAAAAUAAAGAUUUAACCAAAUCUAUUGAGUCACUUGAAAAAGAAAAAACAAAACUGGUUUCAGACCUGGAAAAAAACGAGGAAGAAAAUGAGAGUUUGACAGGAACCGUUAAGAGACUAGAAGAAGAAAAAACUAAACUGGCUUCAGAUUUGGAAAAAAAUGAGGAAGAAAAGGAACAUUUGACAAGAAACGGUGAGACACUUCAAAGAGAAAAAACAAAACUGAUGUCAGAUCUGGAGAAAUACAGUGAGGAAAAUGAAGCUUUGACAAAAACUGUUCAGUCACUAGAAAAAAACAAAACAAAACUGGAGUCAGAUCGGGAGAAAAACAAGGAAGAAAAGGAAAGUUUGAAAAGAAACGUUGAGACACUUGAAAAAGAACAUACAAAACUGGUUUCAGACCUGGAAAAAAACGAGGAAGAAAAGGAACAUUUGACAAAAAACGGUGAGACACUUCAAAGAGAAAAAACAAAACUGGCGUCAGAGCUGGGGAAAUACAGUGAGGAAAAUGAAGCUUUGACAAGAAAUGUUGAGACACUUCAAAGAGAAAAAACAAAACUGAUGUCAGAUCUGGAGAAAUACGGUAAUGAAAAUGAAGGUUUGACAAAAACUGUUGAGUCACUAGAAAAAGAAAAAUCAAAACUUGCGUCACAGUUGAAAAAACACGAGGAAGAAAAGGAACAUUUGACAAGAAACGUUGAGACACUUCAAAGAGAAAAAACAAAACUGAUGUCAGAUCUGGAGAAAUACAGUGAGGAAAAUGAAGAUUUGACAAAAACUGUUCAGUCACUAGAAAAAGAAAAAGAAAAACUGGAGUCAGAUCUGGAGAAAAACGAGGAGGAAAAGGAAAGUUUGACAAGAAAUAUUGAGACACUUCAUAGAGAAAAAACAAAUCUGAUGUCAGAUCUUGAAAAAGAAAAGAAACGAAUGACAGGAAAUGUUGAGACACUUAAAAGGGAAAAGGCAAAAAUGACGUCAGAUCUUGAGGAAAAUGAGAAAGAAAAGGAACGUUUGACGUUUAGGGUUCACGCACUGGAAGAAGAGAAUGAAACACUACAAGAGAAUUUAGAUCGAUUGCAAACUGAAUCCAGAAAAGAUCUCAAUUCUCUGUCAUGCAACAUUGAGGAGUUGAACCACAAUAUUUGCGAAAAAGAAGAGGAAAUCCAACAUAUGAAAGAGGAGAUACUAGAAUUACGAAAACCAAAAAAGAAAGAUAUAGUUUUAGGAAUACGGUAUGGUAAUUCUAUUGGAAAGACAAUGCUUGAUAUGGUGACGAAAGAAAUGUCCAAACGUUUAGAGCUGAUGAUUGACAUGACAAAGUUCAGUCUUGCUGUCAAGCUAUAUCAUAAGGGAUCCGACACUCCGAAAGGUCCUCUAGUCGUGUUAUGUUUGAACAUGUCAAGAGUUGGAACAAACAUACAGGACGCACUAUUGGGAAUCGAAGUCGGCAGUGAUGUAACAGUGCUGGUGCUCCACCAUACCAAUAAGGAAAAUCUCUCAUCAUUGACACCCACGAGUCUUCGUGUCACUGGCAAGGAAUUCAGACAGCUUGGUGCUAUCGUCGACAUGGCUUUCAGUAGUGAGAGCGGCUUGUAUGAAUGUGAUCUAAACACCGCAACUAUGGCCAAGAUGGCAGCAAUCCUCACGAAAUGUUGAAACGCGUUUCUCGCAGAGACAAGACAAAAAAACGAGGUAACCUUUUCUUAGGUAUCAAGUGAACAAGCAAGAUCUGGCUGUUCUUAGACAUGCUGUUACUCAAGUCGAAAGAAAAUGUAAACUGUAGACAAAUUAGUUGUUUGUGUGAUACCGUAUUGAUUAACAACAUUGUUUAAUGUAUGUACAUGUAUUUAGCAUAAUUGUUUCUCGCUUUGAAAAUAAGUGAUAGUGCCU